AAGGGAAGUAGUUCCAUAUGCCUUUGCUGAGGAUUAGCAUAUUGGCUUACGGUGACAGAGAAAGCCUAUUAAGCUCCUUUGGGUCCUGCAUGUGCUUACAAACUACUUUUUAACUUAAUGUCUGAGGUACGGAUGUCGGGAUCUGUGAACUGAAAAGGGUAACAGGAAAGUGAAAGUAGUGUUGACAGAAAGAAGUGUAAAGGCUAGAGGAAGGAAAAACACAUUGUUUAAGGACGAGAGAAGACAGAAAAACGGGGACUAUGGGGAGAAAAAAGAUUCAGAUUACGAGGAUAAUGGAUGAACGUAACAGACAGGUGACGUUUACGAAGAGGAAGUUUGGAUUAAUGAAGAAGGCUUAUGAGUUAAGUGUUCUAUGCGACUGUGAGAUAGCACUAAUCAUCUUCAACAGCACCAACAAACUCUUCCAGUACGCUAGCACAGAUAUGGAUAAGGUCUUGCUGAAAUACACAGAAUACAAUGAGCCACAUGAAAGUCGAACAAAUUCAGAUAUUGUAGAGACGUUGAGAAAGAAAGGACUUAAUGGUUGUGACAGUCCAGAUCCUGAUGCAGACGAUUCAGUAGGUCACAGCCCAGAGUCUGAGGACAAGUACAGAAAGAUAAAUGAAGAUAUUGAUCUAAUGAUCAGCAGGCAAAGAUUGUGUGCCGUUCCACCUCCCAAUUAUGAGAUGCCGGUUUCCAUUCCGGUGACCAAUCCUAACAGUCUGGCAUACAGCAAUCCAGCUGGUUCACUGGGUAAUCAUAACCUACUGCAAUUGUCCCAUCAGUCCUUGCAUAGGAACAGCAUGUCUCCAGGCUUGACACAUCGGCCACCCAGUGCAGGUAACACAGGUGGUCUGAUGGGUGGGGACCUCACAAGCGGUGCAGGCACCAGUGCAGGAAAUGGGUAUGGCAAUCAUCGUAAUUCGCCAGGUCUGCUGGUCUCACCUGGUAACUUGAAUAAAAAUAUGCAAACAAAGUCACCACCGCCAAUGAACUUGGGGAUGAACAAUCGUAAACCUGACCUCAGAGUUCUUAUUCCACCUGGCAGCAAGAAUACAAUGCCCUCUGUGUCUGAGGAUGUCGAUCUCCUUCUGAAUCAAAGGAUAAACAACUCACAAUCUGCUCAGUCACUGGCUACCCCAGUGGUUCCUGUAGCGACACCGACUUUACCAGGGCAGGGGAUGGGAGGAUACCCAUCAGCAAUUUCAACAACGUAUGGCAAUGAAUACUCUCUAAGCAGUGCAGACCUGUCAUCUCUCUCUGGGUUUAAUAGCAGCGCCCUUCACCUUGGCUCAGUUACUGGCUGGCAACAACACCAUCUGCAUAACAUGCCUCCAUCCGCUCUCAGCCACCUGGGAGCUUGCACUAGCACUCACUUAUCUCAGAGUACAAAUCUCUCCCUGCCUUCUACUCAAAGCCUCCACAUCAAGUCAGAACCUGUUUCUCCUCCUAGAGACCGUACCACAACACCAUCGGGAUAUCCUCAACACACGCGCCACGACGCUGGGAGAUCUCCUGUUGACAGCCUCAGCAGCUGUAGCAGUUCGUACGAUGGGAGCGACCGAGAAGACCACCGAAACGACUUCCACUCCCCCAUUGGACUCACAAGACCUUCGCCAGACGAAAGAGAAAGCCCCUCAGUCAAGCGUAUGCGGCUCUCUGAAGGAUGGGCAACAUGAUACUAUCAUUAUAUAUUAGAUUUUUUUUUGCAGUGUGUGUGCUAUACCUUAAUG